AUGUGUGGCAGAUACGCAAUUGCUUACAGUAGCGAGGAGCUUCCCUCGCAUUUCCAGAGCCAACAUCUACCAGUGACUCCUCAAUUGGCCAAGGGUGAGCACCACGAUCGGUCUUACAACGUUGCACCUACUUCCGAUGGAGCUGUUUACCGUGCUAAGGACCAUGAAUUGAGAUAUAUGAAGUGGGGACUCAUACCACAUUGGACCAAGAGCGUGAAGGACUUCAAGACUUACAAGACGUUCAAUGCGAGAGUCGAAAACCUUUUGGAAAGUAGGAUGUGGGCCCAAUGCUGCAAGAAUAAGCGGUGUGUGAUCCCAUUGAAUGGAUACUACGAGUGGGUGACGAAAGGGAAGAAGAAAAUACCCUACUAUGUUGUGAGGAGCGACGGCAAGCUGGCAUUUGUUGCUGGUUUGUACGACUAUUUGGAGAGCGAAGACCUGUGGACUUACGCGGUCAUUACUGCGAAGGCUCCCAAAGAAUUGACCUGGUUGCAUACCCGAAUGCCCGUUCUGCUUGAGCCUGGUUCAGAAGCAUGGGAGACCUGGAUGAACCCAGAUAAGACAGAUUGGACGCAGGAGGAGCUCGACGAGCUUUUGGCUGCCAAUUAUGACGACAAGAUGCUGUCAGUGUACCAAGUGAGCGAGGAAGUUAACAAGGUGGGCAGUAGCUCAGAGUCUAUGGUUAAGCCAAUUUUCAAAGAAGACAGUGGCAAGUUCAAUCUUGAGCGUUUCCCAGAGGAAGAAGAGCAUGGCGGCGCAGCCGAGGGGGAGCCUGAAACCAAGCGUUUUAAGGCUGAGGCAAAAGAACCGGAGUCAGGCAAAGGUUUGUCAGGGAAAAUAGGUGGAGGUUAUGAUGUUAAGAAGGAACGGAGAGGGCGGAUGGUGGGCCCCGAUCAGGAAGAAGAUCUCGAGAUCCCGGAAACAGCGGUAGCGGGCGAGAAUGCUGAGGAGAUCGAGGAGGCCUUUGUGAGGGAUGAAGAAGACGUAGAUUUGGAAGAAGAGUACUUGAAACAGAGUGAAGACGAAGAAGUAGAAGAGGGAGACCUAGAGAAUGUUGCCGGUGAGGAUGAUGAAGAGUAUGUGGAAGGAGGAGAUGACAACGAAGCUGGAUCAGAUUAUGAAGUUGUGCAAGAAGGAGAGAAAGAGGAGGAUAGGGCUGCUGGUGAGUCAAUAGGUGAGAGAGUUAAGAAUGAAGAUACAGCGAGAGCGGAGGAGGGAAACCUUUCCAAAGCUGAUGUUAGGAAAGAGCAGCGUUCGAGAAAGAACAAAACUUCAGCUACCGCAAAGGGAGACACGGGCGAAAGCUCCUCAAAAUGGGGUAGCAUGACUGCAUCUGAAGCUGGCAGAAAGGGUGGUACUAGAAGCUCUCGCCGCGGCAAUACUAGAGGCGCACAAGAAGAAGAGGAAGGAGAAGAAGAAGACACGUCUGGUCGCAGAGGACGCGGGAACUUUGGCAAGGGCGACACCGGUGAGCAGUCUUCAAGAUGGGGUAGUAUGACUGCUUCUGAAGCUGGAAGAAAAGGCGGUAGGAAGAGCUCUCGCAGCGGCAAUACUGGCGGUGCUGAAGGAGAAGAAGGGGAAGAAGAGGCAUCUGGUCGUAAAGGAUCCGGCAAUUAUGGGAAGGGCGACACCGGUGAGCAUUCUGCAAGAUGGGGUAGUAUGACUGCUUCUGAAGCUGGAAGAAAAGGCGGUAGGAAGAGCUCUCGCAGCGGCAAUACUGGCGGUGCUGAAGGAGAAGAAGGGGAAGAAGAGGCAUCUGGUCGUAAAGGAUCCGGCAAUUAUGGGAAGGGCGACACCGGUGAGCAUUCUGCAAGAUGGGGUAGUAUGACUGCUUCUGAAGCUGGCAAAAAAGGCGGUAGAAAGAGCUCUCGCAGCGGCAAUACUGGUGGUGCUGGUGAAGAAGAAGAAGGAGAAGGAGAAGAGACGUCUGGUCACAAAGGACGCGGCAACUUUGGCAAGGGCGACACCGGUGAGCAUUCUGCAAGAUGGGGCAGCAUGACUGCUUCUGAAGCUGGCAAAAAAGGCGGUAGGACAAGGAAACAGCAUACAUGA